AUGGCGAGCUCAGUGGAACAGGAGGGUGGCGCGAGGGAGGAAACUUUCACUUUGGAGCUACCUGCUCCACCAGGUUGGAAGAAGAAGUUCAUCCCAAAGAAAGCCGGGAUUCCAAAGAAAAAUGAGAUUGUGUUCACUGCACCAACAGGAGAGGAGAUCAAUAACAGGAAGCAGUUGGAAAAAUACUUGAAAGCACACCCUGGUGGUCCAGUUGUAUCAGAAUUUGAUUGGGGCACUGGUGAGACCCCAAGAAGAUCUGCAAGAAUCAUUGAGAAGACCAAGGCAGUUCCUCCAACAGAAAGUGAAACCCCUAAGAAACGUAGUAAAAGAACACCAGCUUUACAAAAAGAAACUUCCCAGGAAGAAAAAGAUGCGGAGACAAAGGAAACAGAGAUGCAAGCAGCUGAUGGUACCGGUAAGGAUGAUGAGGAUAAAGAGAAGGAAAGGAAUGUGGUAAAGGAAAAUCAGGAUGACAAGAGUGUGGAGGAUACAAAUAUCAACAAAUCAGCUGAUUCUGGAGAAGCUAAAGCUGGAGAAAAUGAUGAGGUACGUAUUGAUGAGGAAAAAUUCAAUGCUGCUGAUGGAGAACUACACGCAUUGAAAAAUGAAGUUGUUGACAAAGGAACUGAGGGUUCUAAAGUUUCACUGAGAAAAGGUGAAGAAAAGAUUAGGCAACCACCGGAGGAGACAAAAGAAUAUCCUCGAUCUGGGGAGCCAGAGAAAUCUGAAACAUGCACUACUGCUGACAAAAUGGUUGAAGUGGAAGGAGUGAAUAAAGAGGAACACAUCAAAAGUACUAGUAGACUUGAAGAAGUUGAGAAAAUAGAAGGAACAAGAGUGCGUAGUGAAGAACAUGACAAGCUUGAUGAAACAAAUACGGGUGAAGCUGAGUUGACCGAGAAUGGCAAUCAUGGGAGUUGA